CCUCGUUGCUUCUGUCAUAAAGACCAUAACAUCUGCUUCAAUCUAUCAAAUCAAUCCGAAUCUGACUAUGCCGAAUGUGAGGAUGGAAGAUUCCGAGGCGUUUCAAAUCCAAUUCACAUCCAUAAUGGCAACAGUCUUACAGACCGCUGUCAGGGAAGCAACACAACUUUUUGAAGGCACUUUGCUGCACUUGAAAGAGGAGUUGGUGCAACUGAGACAGGAGAAUGUCCAUCUGAAGACAUGUGAUUCAUCCAGUCAAGUCAAAACAAGAUGCACAAAGGUUUGGAGUCAGAGGAAUGACAGUGUUGUUGCUAAAAAUCGUGAUGUUGGCGUGCAGUGUGAAAAGGCUAUUUUCGUUGACCGGGGCUGCAACCCUCUUCAGUGUAUAGGACAACGUCUUCAUGUGGGGGACAUUACAAGUGAUAAACUGGCAGAUCUGUGCACCACUGAGGAUGGGAGCAGACAGCUUGCAUUGCUUCUCAUCAAACAAGAGCCUCUAGUGACUGAACAUGACCACUACACACCAGGAUACUUUCUAUUGAAGCAAGAAGGUGCUGAGCCAAUACUGGUGCGCAGAGAGCCAAAUAAGGACACCAUGGAAAGAGUUAUGAUCCCACCAGCAUUUCAAACAAUAACCAGGCACUAUAGCAACUCUAGGGAAAAGUCACCACCAUUAGUUACUCGGUCCUCUUAUAGUCACAGAGUGGAUUCCUGUGGUCACCAGUCCGACUGGACUAAACACCCAGCCAGAGGUACAGCUGAAAGAACAUCAGAAAAUGGAGCCGGCUCGUCUUCCCAAAACCAAACAGAACGAGAAAGUGCAUUUUCUUCAACCGAGACAUCAACUAUUUCAGUACAACAUGCCAAUUCAAACCAGACUCUUGCUCUCUCAAAUAACUUAUCUGUGCCAAUGAUUGAGCUGUCUGGCAUUCAGGGUUGUAUAUCGAUACCUAGGGUUCAUGGUAGACCAAACCAGAAUCCUGAAACAAUAAACCAGAUAUCCCAGGAGGUGAUUCCACUAGUACAGUCUGCCAUGCCAUCAGACCAUGUUCCAGAUACAGAAGCAUCAAAUACAUUUCCACCAGUCCAGGAUCGGAUUCUCUCGACUAAUCUUGCUUGCUCUCAAGCCCAGGUUUUUGCUUCAUCGCCAAAGAUAAUGCCAGUUUAUUCUGAGAGUUCAAGUCCAUCAUUCCAGUUCCCUUUGGUGCAACAACACAAUCAAGCUCAGGCAGCUCAGCCUUCUUAUCUGCCAACCCAUGUUCCAUUUACUUCUCUCCACCUUCCAGUUACAACAAUUCAGGGAUCUGUCUCCACACUUCCGGCUUCAUCAAGUGGUACCCCAGCCCCACCUCAACAUAUGCAAUCUCAAUAUCCAGCACAAUCUGAUCAGUUCUCAUCUUCUUCAGACCAGUUUUUUCCUCCACCUGAUAACACCCCAGGUUUGCUUGAAUCUCUGGAUACUCUGCAUUUGCACUCGCCCAUUGUGAUGAUGCCCCAAGAUGCCCCAGAGCAUUUUUCUAUGCCCCAUGUACAGCCAUCCAGGCAACUUGCACCUCUGCUAACACAGAAGGAGCAGCGAGCUGAAAUUUCCACCCAUUCAAGUGUUGCUUUAGGGAGAGUACCUAUUAUACCUUUAGAGACCGCGGUUUCUCCAGUCAAUAACUUUGAAGUCUGUAUUGGAGAGACCAAAUCAGUUGCCAAAGAUGAUGAUGAAGACCUCUCAGAGGAUAGUGAGGACAAUAGUCCCACACUCCAGUCUAGACUGCGGAAACAGAGAAGGGUUUUUUCCAAAUCCAGACAUAUAAAUUUAGCAGAUGAUGUCUGCACAUUCAAUUUCAAUGAUGAAAGGAUAGACAGGGCACAGAAAGACUUCAUUAGUGAAGCAAUACAUUGUGGCACAAGUGUUUCCACAAAUAACGCAAGUCAAACAUUAACGAAAGCUUCAAGUAAAACACUGCAGAGGAGUACUGAGUGCUCUGAGUGUGGAAGGGUGCUCAGCAAUGCAUCUGCCUUGGAGAACCACAUGAGACUUCAUACAGGUGAGAGGCCUUAUACCUGCUCUCAGUGUGGAAAGGCCUUCCCUAGUGUACGAGGUCUUAACCGGCAUGUAAAGGUCCAUGCAGAGGAGAAGCGGCAUCAGUGUGAGGAAUGUGGAAAAAGUUUUGUUUACCACUUUACCCUUACCAAACAUAAGCUCAUCCACACUGGAGAAAGGCCCUUUCCUUGUAAAGUUUGCGGCAAGAGGUUUUUGGCCAAGGCAGACCGCUCUACGCAUAUGCGAAUGCACACUGGAGAGAAGCCAUUCUCUUGCACUCAAUGUGGGAAGAAGUUUAAACACAGAGUUGCUCUAAAUAUGCACUUGCAAGGGCAUAGAGGGGAGAAACGCUAUGUCUGCCCCCAUUGUGAAAAGGGAUUUGUGGAUCUAGGUAAUUUUAAAAGACACAAACUUAUCCACACAGGGGAGAGGCCUUUUGAGUGCAAGGAAUGUGGUAAACGGUUUACUCAGUCAGCCCAUCUCAAGAAACAUGUCAACACACAACAUAUGAUUCAUUAAGCAAAACUGACAUUUUGGCAAAUAAUUCAGUUGAUCCAUUCUAGAAAAUAUAAUAGAAUUAGACCUGACAGAAUUUGUUAUGGGGAGCUGCUCUCUGAAUUUUGUCGAUUUACUUUGCGUUUAUUAGAAUUAACUUGUUUCCUAUAAAAUAUCAUAACAUACAGAUGAUUUGCAGCUAAUGACAGAGAGUGGCAUCAAGCCAGUCUCACACCAGUCAAGAAGUGCCACGUCAAGGGUAGAACAAGGCACAGGUAUCGCAUAUAGGACGUGUCUGUGGUGCAGGUGGCAGUCCAAAGUUGUGAAUCUAGUCACCAUACACACAAAUGUUACGAAGGUUUUUGUAAGAAUGAACAAAGUGAUGUUUAUGAGUUUGCAGGUUAGUGUAUGAAACCUAUAGUUGAAUGGAAAACUAUAAUUGAAGUCAGAAGUUUUACUAUACACAGUUUUAUUUAACCAAGUUACAACAAAUUAUUAGCCACCCCAUAGCUGUUCCAAAAUAUGGUAUGAAGAGGGGGAGUGGGAAAGGGAGAGAGAGAGAGAAAGACACAGAAAUGAGCAAAAAUGUCUGCACCAGCACCUAGCUAAGCCGAUAACCCAGGCCACAAACACUGUUUGUUUCUGCUCUCUGUACAUGUUUGUUUCAGCAGAGUUGUGCGAUUAUGUUUCCCCCAACCUAAGCAGAUUUAUAGAAUCCUGACUAAAAGAAAUAAUUCAAUCACCAAGUAAAAAAACUAUUUUUUUUUUCUCUUCUGAGCCCUCCACUGAAUUUAGAGCAGCAAGCUGUUAAAAUGCAACAGCAUGCUUGCAGGCAGUGAGUGAAGGCAGCCAUUGCACUGCAUAGGUAAUGGCUUUCUGGCUAACUGGGCUUUGUAAGUGGUUCGAGCACCUAGUAGCUUGCUAAGCUGCAUGUAGCAGGUUCGUUGUCUGGGCAAUGAAGGAGUCAGAAGGCAGCGAACUCUCAACGUGAAUAUUUUAUUACUCUUCAGCAUCAAAUUAACUUGUUUCCUACAAAUUAUCAUAGCAUACAGAUGAUUUGUAGCUAAUGACAGAGAGUGGCAUCAAGCCAGUCUCACACCAGUCAAGAAGUGCCAUGUUGAUGUUAGAAAAAGGCACAGGUAUCGCAUAGAUAUCGUUCACAAAACUUAAACAAAAAAGGCACUCAGUGGCCAAGUAGUCUCUCUCUCUCACGCGCACACACACACACACACACACACACUCUAGUAAAUGCACGCACGCCGGUACGGUCUCUCUCUGGUCUGCCACUCUGAUGCCUUGUGCUGCUUUUUAUGUCUCCCUCCGCCAUCACUACAACAAGAAACAGGUGUUAGAGAUAUUGAUAACCCAGGUGAUGAGCCUAACCGCUCUCUCUCUCCCACAGAUACACAACCACGCCCCCAUCACCACACUGCAUUAAAAGAGAAGGGUGGAGGUUGUACUUGACUAGAGUCAUGCAUUUUCCCCUCUGGCUCGCUUUCUCUUUGUUUUGCCCCAAUCUCAAAAUCUUUCUUGACAAUUAUUGCACAGUGGAAAGCUACCAUGUUCAACCACCCAUAGACAAUAAUUUCACAAUCUCAAAAAUAAGCUACCAUAAAACGAGCAGAAAAAAACAACACAGUAAAUACAGACGUCCACAUUUUUGUGGUUGGGACAUUUCAAUCAAUACCACUAUCAUACUAAGAUUUGAAGCUGCCAUCCAAGUAUGCUGUAGUAUUAAGCAAUGAUAGCAGUUGAAGGGAUAGUUAAAGUUUUCCCCAAAAUGAAAAAUCACUUAUCAUGUACUCACCCUUAUGCCAUUCCACAUCUGUUUGACUUUCUUUCUUCUGCAGAAUACAAACUAAGAUUUUUAGAAGGAAAAUCUCAGCUCUGUAGGUCCAUAUAAUCCAUGGUGUAAAUGGUGACCAAAACUUUGAAGCUCCAAAAAGCACAUAAAGACAGAAUAAAAGUAAUCCAUAUAACUCCACUGUUUUAUUCCUUCUUAAGCGAUCCAAUCAGUUUUUGAUAAGAAAAGAACAAAAUAUAUCUAAUUUUUUACUGAACACCUUGCCAUUGCGGUCUCUAGGCAUGAUCAUGAUUUCAAGCUCGAUUACAUUUCCUACAGCAAUGCUGAUUGCAUUAUAGGAAGUGUAAUCAAGCUUGAUAUCACAAUAUCCAAGGAGACCGCUGAUGUCAAGAUUUUAUAGUGAAAAAGGAAUUAUAUUUUGGUCUGUUCCCACCCAAAACCGAAGACAUUGUUUAAACCACUGGAGUCGUAUGGAUUAAUUUUAUGCUGCCUUUAUCUGCUUUUUGGGGCUUUAACAUUUUGUUCACUGUUCACUUGCAUUAUAUGAACCUACAGAGCUGAGAUAUUCUUCUAAAAAUCUCUUUGUGUUCUGAAUAAGAAAGGAAAUGUAGAAACAUCUGGGAUGGAAUGAGGGUAAAUGAUGAAAAUAUUUAUUUUUUAGGGGAACUAUUCCUUUAACCUUACACAGAGAUGAAGCAAAAGGGAAAAUUAGCAAUGUGCAAGAAGAACUCUGUGUUAGAAAUCAUCACCAAAAUGACAAACAAAUUUGAGAAAUGAUGAGAUAAAAUGCUCUCAAUAGCAGAAGUUAGGAUUAACAAUCGCCAGACUUCAAUGCCACUCCACAGAUUUAAUAUUAGCAAACUAUAGUUUUGGCAAGUCGUUUAGGACAUCUACUUUGUGCAUGACAAGAGUAAUUUUUCCAACAAUUGUUUACAGUCAGAUUGUUUCACUUUUAAUUGACUAUAUCAGAAUUUCAGUGGGUCAUAAAUUUACAUUCACUAGUUAAUUGUGCCUUUAAGUAGCUUGGAAAAUUCCAGAAAAUUGUAUCAAGCCUUUAGCCAAUUAGCUUCUGAUAGGUGGUAUACUGAAUUUGAGGUGUACCUGUGGAUGUAUUUUAAAGCUUACCUUCAAACUCAGUGCCUCUUUGCUUGACAUUAUGGGAAAAUCAAAAGAAAUCAGCCAAGACCUCAGAAUUUUUUUUUUUUUUUUUACCUCCACAAGUCUGGUUCAUCCUUGGGAACAGUUUCUAAAUGCCUGAAGGUAUCACGUUCAUCUGUACAAACAAUAGCAUGCAAGUAUAAACACCAUGGGACCACGUAGCCAUCAUACCGCUCAGGAAGGAGACGCAUUCUGUAUCCUAGAGGUGAACGUAGUUUGGUGCGAAAAGUGCAAAUCAAUCCCAGAACAACAGCAAAGGGCCUUGCAAAGAUGCUGGAGGAAACAGGUAGACAAGUAUCUAUAUCCACAGUCAGAUGAGUCCAAUACCGACAUAACCUGAAAGGCUUCUCAGCAAGGAAGAAUCCACUGUUCCAAAACCGCCAUAAAAAAGCCAGAAUAAAGUUUGCAAGUGCACAUGGGGACAAAGAUCUUACUUUUUGGAGAAAUGUCCUCUGGUCUGAUGAAACAAUAAUUGAACUGUUUGGCCAUAAUGACCAUUGUUAUGUUUGGAGGAAAAAGGGUGAGGCUUGCAAGCCAAAGAACACCAUCCCAACCGUGAAGCAUGGUGGUGGCAGCAUCAUGUUGUGGGGGUGCUUUGCUGCAGGAGGGACUGAUGCACUUCACAAACUAGAUGGCAUCAUGAGGAAAAUUAUGUGGAUAUAUUGAAGCAACAUCUCAAGACAUUAUCCAGGAAGUUAAAGCUUGGUCGCAAAUGGGUCUUCCAAAUGGACAAUAACCCAAUCACACCUCAAGUUGUGGCAAAAUGGUUUAAGGACAACAAAGUCAAGGUACUGGAGUGGCCAUCACAAAGCCCUGACCUCAGUCCAAUAGAAUAUUUGUGGGCAGAACUGAAAAAGCAUGUGCGAACAAGGAGGCCUACAAACCUCACUAGGUUACACCAGUUCUUUCUGGAGGAAUGGGCCAAACGUCAAGCAACUUAUUGUGAAAAGCUUAUGGAAGGCUACCCAAAACGUUUGACCCAAGUUAAACAAUUUAAAGUCAAUGCUACCAAAUACUAACAAAGUGAAUGUAAACUUCUGAUGCACUGGAAAAUGUGAUGAAAGAAAUAAAAGCUGAAAUAAAUCAUUCUCUCUACUAUUAUUCUGACAUUUUACAUUUUUAAAAUAAAGUAGUGAUCCUAACUAAUCUAAGACAGGGAAUGUGUUCUACGAUUAAAUGUCAGGAAUUGUGAAAAACUGAGUUUCAAUGUAUUUGGCUAAGGUGUAUGUAAACUUCUGACUUCAACUGUGAGUGUCACUGCAGAAUUUUGAGCAGCGUCCCGAGUCGGAGUGUAUCAUCAUAGAAUUUUUUUUUUUUUUUGUAUUUUAGAAUGCACUAUGUCGUCCGCCAGAUGCCAUCUGCAGAUAUUAUGUAGGUCGAAUGGGUAGUGCUGGGGAGUCAAAAUAAUGGCACAGUUACACAGGAUGUGCACAUAUGGGUUAGGGCAUUAAUAUCUCUGCAUUAAGGAGAGUCUUGUGGACUUGCAGUACAGGGGUUUUAAUUUUGGUACUGACUUGACUUUUGUUAACUGUUGGUUUUUACAAUGUCAUUGUAUUUUUACAGUGCCUGGUCAAGCCCAUUAAAUGUUAAAAAUGUUAAAUAAGUACAAUUCUAUAUAUAAUAUAUAUAUAAUUGUUUGGAAGCUCUGUGCCCUCUGUGGGGGGGUCUAUAAUCAUGGGGAAAAAACAGUUCACCUAUAUAUAUAUAUAUAUAUAUAUAUAUAUAUAUAUAUAUAUUUAAAUUUUUUUUAUUCAUUUUCCAAGGAGCAAUGUGAAACCUGUCUACUGUCAAGCGAUCUUUGAUUAUAUUUUUCUAGUGUAAAUCAAACUAUAUAUAUAUCAAUAAAA